AAUUAAUAAAAUAUUUUAGUUAUUACUCAUUAUCUUUGUUUAAUGGCUUGGUGUAAACAAAGAUAAAUAUAUCGUGCCAUAAUCCAAUCAGCAACCUUGGAUCUGUGAGGUAGCGUGGUGACAUAAGUGACAAUUAAAAUAUGACAUUUAAAUAAUCAUUCGUUUGACGUUUAAAAAAAUUGGGAAAAGAAUUUGGCAAUUAAUUUGCAGUUUCUUUAAUUCAUGUGUAUUGAAAAAUCCAUAAUCUGGAUUAUACAACUUGUAUGUUUCGAUAAAAUUGAUGAAUUUUAAAACAAUUGAAUUCGUGUUUGUGGAUGCGUAAAAAUAGAGGUGACAAUGGACACAAGUUAAUUUUGCAAAUGAGGUAAAUAAACAUUACUGAGUCAUGGAAUCACCUCCAUCGAGUUCAACUUGGUCAGAGGCAUUCAUUUUAAGUGACGAUAGUGGCCUGCUAUUAACUAACGAAUCUGCUUCUAGCGGUAGUGUCAGUGGAGAAAGUCGCAGUGGAAGGAAACUUUUUCAUUUUGAGGACAGUGACUGUGAAGAGAAGUCCUUGUCCCAAGAUGAUUCUCUAGAUGGAAUGUCAGAUAUAAUGUGUGGUGAAAACUUUAAUACUUUGAAAAAAGGACCACACUGGACAGAUUUUACCAAUAAACAUUCUUCUUCUCCCAUAGAACCCCCUCCGGAGUUUCAGGAUGAACCUAAAAAUUCCAUGCUAGAUUUUUUUUGUGAAAAAUUAGCACAGCAAAUUAUUAAGAAAGCAAUCUACGAACAUAAAGAUAUCGAAUUGAGAAAGCUGAAAGUUUUGUAUCAGCUGCAAAGGCAACAUUUACUAAGUAGGCCUUGUUUUCAUUCAGAAUUUGUUUCGUUUAGCCCUUGUCAUAUAGGAAGACCAACUUCUAGAGCUGGUUCUAGAAAUUCCUUGGGUUCAUCUAGAUUGUCGAGCUCCCAUAAUUCACUUUCAAUACCGACAACUCAAAAGGUAGACGAUUCUACAUUCAUUACUCAGGCAGUUUCACAUGACACGUUAUCUUCCAACCAAAUAAGUGAUUUGUAUAAUGUACCCUUUGACAGUGACAUAUACGCAGUUCCUAUUGAUGUAGUAAAGCCGCCUUUGAAACCCAAAAGAGCUCAACUGCAAAGGAAAAGAAGAAGAAAUACUGCGUGGGGUUACAGAGAUUUAGAAGCCAAACAUUAUCGAAUGCAAGUUGAUAAAAAUCGAACACUGGAGUUUCAUAGGACGUUAUGCUUUCAAAGCAGUACGAAACGGCAUAGCCUUGCCGGUACAUCGGCUUCCAUUCAAGGUGAACCAAUUCAUGUAACCUUACAAGAGAUCCGGAAUUAUUUGCAAACACUCUAUUCCAGUUCGUCGGACUCUUCUGAUCACAAAGAAAAAACGCUAAAACCGAAAGCAAAUAUUUUGGUAACCAACAAUAACAGGUAUCCAGUUAACAAAAAUCUAGUCACAGAUAAAGAUCUGAAUCCAAUUACUGUUCCUCCAAGUAGAUCUAAGAAAAAUACGUUAUUUAUUAAUAUUAAGAACAAGAAAGUUAAAGACUCGUGCAAUAAUAUCGGCAAGCAGAUAAAUAUUUCACCAACGAAGAAAGAUGAGAAACGAAGGAAGUCUCCAACAAAGGUGUUUUCUUUGAAACAAAUGCUGUGUAACAUGUUCCGGUUUAAGAGGUUCCUUACACCAGAUAACGUUAAAGAUGACGAAAGCAAGAAACUUUACGCUAGCAAGGGCAGCGUUUUAGAUGAUGUACAUAAUAGUAUAAGUAGUAGGGCUCUGCCACCUUUGCCAAAUAAAGAAGAAGGAAAGGAAAUUGACGAAGAACAGAUAUUGGAUUUCGCCACCAGCAUCCAGCGAGUGAAAGAUUAUGGUUGGUAUUGGGGUCCAAUAUCAGGUGAAACAGCUGAAAAAAUAUUGUCCAACGAACCGGAUGGCUCAUUUAUUGUACGUGAUAGUAGCGAUGAUCAUUAUAUAUUCUCUUUAACGUUUAAACUUAAUAAUUGUGUAAGACACGUGAGAAUCGAACACGAUCAGGGUAACUUUAGUUUUGGUAGCUGUACUAAGUUCAAAUCCCAAACCAUUGUGGAAUUUAUCGAAAAUGCUGUAGAACAUUCACGUAGUGGUAGAUAUUUAUUUUUCCUCCACCGAAGGCCUGUCAUUGGGCCAGUACGAGUGCAAUUACUUCAUCCAGUUUCUAGGUUUAAGCAAGUUCAGAGUUUACAACAUAUUUGUAGGUUUGUAAUACAUAAGAAUGUUAGAAGAGACUUAAUACCGAGCCUUCCACUUCCAAGAAGGAUGAUAGACUACCUGAACACACCUUACUACUAUACGGAGCACCUCGUAGACGUGCGAGAAGUAGAAGAAGAGCAACCCGAAAGCCGUGCAUUAAUUGAUAAUCAGCACAACGUCCAAUUAGUUGAUAAUUCCAUUGUACCUGUUAACAAUUACGUUAUUGUAAAUAAUACCAGUAGUAGUACCAGCAAUGUAACUAAUGCCCGAGAAACGUGAAACGGUAAGUUCAGGGUUCGUACAUCGAUAUGGCUUAAUUUGUGGGGUAAGUGAUCACGAGGGUCAAAACAUCUCAUUUAUUUGAUUUUUAUCGAGAAACACCUGAUUAAUUUUCAUCAACAAACACAUGAAACAACUAUAGGAUUUUUCUAUUAAAUCCGUGGCACCUCAUCAAUGAGCAGUUCAAUUUUAAUUUGUUACAAAUUCUUCCGAGCGAAUCGUUUUCUGCCCUCACAUGUGCAAUUUUGGAAUAUAUUUGGCUCACACUCGAGCCAUUCUCAAUGGACAGCCUAAGUCUGACGUCACAAAUGUCACAAAAUUGGGAGGAGCUUAUAUUGACUCCAAACAAUUUUGUUUGUAACGUUAAAUGGUCAUAAGGAAUUUUUCAUUUAUGUGCUUUGUGUGGCAAAAUAAGACUUCAUUUAGGUAUUUCGUUAAAGAAACGACUUAAUUAAGAGAUUUUUAUUCGUUUUUUUUUUAUUUAUUUAAAGAGACAAAGUCGCAUCCACCCAAAGGUUAUUAGCGACAUUGCUGUAACAUUUGUAAUAAUGUUAAAUUUAACAUUUAUAACAAUCAAUCAUUUUAACAAUUAAUUAGAAUUUGAGAACAAUUGAACAUUUGUAACAAUUAAUUAAGUUAAAUUUUGUGUAACAUAUUUAUACAUUUUAAGUAACCCAAUAAAUUGUCCGGAACUAAAUUUUUGUUGAGUAGUGCUUUCAGGUUAUUUGGCAAAUUGUAAAACUGUCUUUGAUUUACAUAUUUAGGACAGUCUAUCAAGAAGUGCUUUAUACUGUCUACUGUAUUGCAUGUUUCGCAUUUUGGAGGUUCACUAUUUGAGAAGAGAUAGGCGUGAGUAUACCUACAGUGUCCAAGUCGUAAACGUGUAAUAAUAGUUUGGCAUCUUCUGCUUCUGACAGUGGACUUCCAUGAAAAAAUGUCACUUUUGAUGGUUCUGAGUUUAGAACUAGAGUCAUUCCACUCCCGAUUCCACGCACUUAACACUUUAUUUUUGAAAUAAACUUUUAGAUCGCCUGCGACACUCCGACACUCUGUUUCUGAUGCGUCACUGUUGAUAGCGUUACGCGCACUAGUAUCUGCUUCGUCAUUCCCUUCUAUACCUAUAUGAGAUGGUAUCCACAGGAAGUGGAUUCUUCUAAAAUUGUCUUGAGCUUUCAUUAAUUCGGCCUUGAUCAUUUUCUCAAUGGGGUGUUUAGGGUAUACAUUUUGCAGGGCUUUCACUGCGCUGAGAGUCAGAAAGGACUAGACAACAAGGGAGGUUUUUGAUAUUUACUUGCUUGAUGGCUUUGAACAAACCAAAUAGUUCUGCAGUAUAGAUGCUGGAAUUUAGAGGAAGUUUAAAUUGAAAAGUGUCAUUUGGGGUUACCACUGCUGCUCCAACGCCAAGUUCACCUUUGGAUGCAUCUGUAUAAAUUAUAAUCCACUCAUUGUAUUGUUGAUCUAGGAUUGAAUUUAGUUUGACUUUAAAAAUAAUAGGACUAGUUUCAUGUUUAUUAUAUAUACUUAACGCUGUAUUGACUUUGGGCUGUUCGAUAGUCCAAGGUAGAUAGUUAUUUGUAUUCGUUUGAAAUACUGUUGGGAAUUGAAUGUUUAGUCUGGAACUAUAUAAUCGGAUUCUCUCGUAGUAAGGUUUGGGGGCACGGGGCUUAUUAUUGUAAUAGUUGAUAUAUUUGUUAUUAAAAGUAUUACAGAAGAGAGGUUUUUUUUAUAUCUGAGGCUAUAGAUGUAGCAUGUGCUAGAGCUAAGUACAUUCUUCGGUAGCUUAGAGGUGGUUCGCCGGCUUCGCUCAGUAUGCUUUCGGAGGGAGUUGUCCGGAAGGCUCCAAGUGCAAUUCUAAUACCAGCGUUGUGUAUGCUGUCGUUUUUUAAGUAAUGUUUUUGAAGCAGAUGCAUUAUAGAUCUAAUUAAUGUUUUAUUCGUUUUUGCUCAGGUGGUUUUUAUUCCUUAGUGGUUGUAAAUAAACAUAACCUCAAAACUGUUUACGUUCUAAUCAUUACAUUAAAUUAACUCACCUGGGCAAAAACGAAUAAAAAUCUAUUAAUUGAAACGUCUCUUUAACUAAAUACCUAAAUGAAAAGUCUUAUUUUGUCACACAAAUCACGCAAACAAUAAAUUAAAAAUUCCUUUGAGUGUUUAACAUUAUAAACAAAAUUGUUUGGAGUCAAAUAUAAGCUCCUCCCAAUUUUGUGACGUCAAGACUUAGGAUGUCCAUUCCAAGAUCGAUUCUCCAGGCGUUGUGCUGAAGGGUCGAUCACAAUACGAGCCACUGCCAACAGAAGUGCAGCCAUUUUUAAACCGAUUGGACCAUUCUCUUGUUUACGUCUUUCUCAUAUAUUUGGGCAUCAUUUGAGCACCAAACGAACAGCAUCAUUUGAAUAGUUUCCUUACCACUUUUUUAGUUGUACUAUACGCUCUGAGCUUCGCUGGUGUCGCUCCUAGCGGUUACUAAUUCAACUUUCACCGGUAAUUUUUAAAUUUAUUAUUUAAUUGUUAUCGCUUAAUAUUUACAACGCUAAAAAGUAAUUAAAUUGUAAUAGAUUUUUUUAAGAUUUUGCUAAUCAUUUUGACGUUCUAUUGAUGAAAUAUUAAUUUCUUACUUCGGAUACUUUCACAAUUAUCAUGUAGGUGACGCCAAGAUUAAUUUAUAAUUACAUAUUACAGAACAUUAAAAAACGCAAAUUCAGUAUUUAAAACGUAAGUAUAUUUAAGGUAAAAAUAUAUACCACAGCUUUGAUCAACUAAUAUUUUUUAUAAUUAAUGUUUUUAAUUUUAAUUUAAAAUUAAUCACUUUGACAUUUAUGUCAAAUUUCCGGUAAACGUUUACAGACUUGUCACUACUGGCGCUCACGAAUUUAUAAAUAUCCCCUCUACGUACGAGCUCACAGCGUAUAACGAGGAAAAGGCAGAAGUCACAAGAGCAAAAAAACGGAGAUCAGAACGAUAAUUUAGUAUGUAUGUAGAAUGAAGAUGGUAGUAAUCUGAUCAGGAGCUUCGUUAGAGGGAUAUGGAUAUGACUAGUAGAGAAAUAACGAAUAAUUGACAGAUUAAUAACAAAUAGCUAACACUGUGACACAAAGAAAAGACGAAAUACUGAAUUCUAGGAAUUGCAAAAUCCUAGGGCGCCAAUAAAUCUUCACCGUACAAUAGACUAAAAUUGGCAUGUUAUAUGCAGUAAAAAAUUUAUAUUUUAAAUAAAAUGAAAUCAUCAAAAUACUUAUAAAGUUCUAAAAAAAUGUAUUUAUUUCAUACUCAAAAAAAUUAUUCACAUACUAUCAAAAAUUAUUAUAGAAGAGAUUGCGGCCUUUAAUAAAAUUGACAUAAAUGAUUAUUCACAAUUAAUUACUGCAUGAACUUCAUAAAUAUGGAUAAUUGAAAGGCUUUGGGUCACAAUCCUUUUAAACCCAAAAAAGCUUUUUGGUUCAAUAGAAAUAACACAUAACCUACUCGUAAUAUUAAAAAAUUACAUAACAAUAAUCACAAAUGUGUUAAUAAAAUGAAUUAUCUUCUUUAAUUCAAUAUCAUUCAGCCGUGUGAUGGAUGGCCGAAGUUAUCUUUAACGUUUGAGUUAAAGUUAAGAUUACUCUAGGUAUAACGAUGCCCAUAACUAUUUAGGUAAAAUUCGGUGUGAUGUAUUCUUCAUAGUUAUUUUUUCAACGUUAUAUUAUUAGAAAAAACAUUUGAGGAACAAAGUUUGACGUAAUAAAGAGAACCUUAUGUAGAAAUAGUACAAGUUGGAGUGAGCGCGAGAGAUAGUUCGGAACAUGUUACAGGAUGGGUAGAUGACCGUAAAAGUAAAUACCCAUCGUCGGCCACCGUCGAUGACCUAACAGUGCCGAACAGCAAAUAGCUGUUCGGGUUCGGUGGUGUUUCAAACGGUAGAUAGAAACAGGGUUGCCAGAUUGGUGUAUUUUCCCACAAUUUUGGGGUAAUUUGAAAGCGUCUAGGGAAAUUUUUCUAAGCAGAAAUUGUAGUGGGAUUUUUUGGGGGCCGAAAAUUAUGGAGGAUCUUAAGGGGUCAUGGUAAAUUAAAUUUGCGAAUAUACAUAGAACUGUAUAUUAUACUCCCAUAUAAUCGAAGGCGAUAGGAACUAUUAAUUAUUUCCAGUGCCCUCGUUGAUAAGUAGUAUAAUUUUGGUUUACUGUUCUCUUCAUUUGACUACUAAUUUAUUAAAAUACGGCAAAAAUUUAAAUUUGGGGUAUUUGAGCUUCAAUUUGAGGGAAUUUCAGUUUCUAAGUUCUAUUUAUAAAAUAUCAUCUGGCAACUCUGGAUAGAACGCUCAGUAGGGACUUAAAAUAAAAUUUCAACUAUAUCUCUCGAUUUGAUUUUUGUAUAAUUUUUAAAAUUGUAUUACCCUUCUAUUCCUAAUUAUUAAAUUAUUAGCUUCUAAAUUCACUUGAUUUAUGUCUAAAAACAAGUCAAAAGAUGAACCUAACCUUGCAUAUCCUUACAUAACUACAAAGUUAUCUGAUAACUUGAGGUUUAACGUCUUGACAGUUGAUAUAUCAGAUAACUCACGAAAUGUCAAGAAAUAACGCAAGUAGUUAAGUUAAAUAUGAUACAUCACACCAAUUCGAGGAUUAUAACUUACCUACAGGAUAACUUUACGUUAAAGAUAAAUUCGGUCAUCCAUCACACGGCUGAAUAUCAUUUUCUUUAUUUAGUUAUAUGUAUGUAUAAGAAUUAUAUCGCUUCAAUGCAAAUAAAAAUUAAAGGCCAUAAUAAAUUAAGAAUUGACGAACUCCCAAAAAACAUAUUGCAAGUUAUCGCCUUUAAAAUACCAGCACCAAAAAAACGGUGCAUUGCCCUCACGGUAGUGCCCUUAUCGGCGAAAGACUGAGAACUACGGGAAUUGAAGAGUAGAUUUCUUUAUCACAAUUUCAACGAAUCAAAAGAAAAAAUAGAAGACUUACCACAGUGUAGGUAUUUCUUUACAAAACCUUAAAUGAACGUCACCGGCCAUUUCGACGGUGAGCUCAGAAAUGCUUGAAAUCGUGGGUGGUGGGACAAUUUAUUGGCCCAGCUAGUAAAUGCAAAGUUCGGGGGGGGGGGGGGAAUCAAAGAAAGGAUUUGGAGUAUGAGAUUACUCAGGCGGUUUUUUUAUUAAACUGGGCAGAUUUGGAAAUAGUGUGUGUCUAGGCAAUAAAAAAAGGAAAAGUGGUUUUCGGGCGUAAGUAUACCCAUUCUUUCUUAAACGAAACAAGAAACUCCGAGGACUAGCGCAUAUUUAUACAGGUCUCUUUCAAGAUUUGAUGGUGGUUAGUACUUCUCGGUUUUUCCUCAUUCUUCUAAGGUCCUCAUCAUUUGUAACUCGGUCGGUCCACGGGAUUUUAAGUAUUCUCUGAUAUAGCCACAUCUCAAAUGCUUCCAAUUUUCUGCAUAUUUCUUCGUUCAAGAUUCAACACCAUAAAAAAAUCAUCGCAGCAUUCUCACUUUUAUACCAAGGGAGCGGUUGUGGCUCUUGAAGAAAGAAGACCCCAUCCGGUUUAAGGUAGAUCUAGUUUUUAUCUCUUAAUUGUUGGUCCAGUUUUCGUUUAUUAUGCUGUCGAGGUAGUUGUAGUGCGUCACUCUUUCUACAGGGGUUUGGUUGACGUAUAGUUGACAUUCUGUCAUCUUUUUUUCUUUUUCUGUAUUUAUGUAUAGUUCUGCAAUCAAACUAAGAGAGUCAUUAAUAUUCAGCUCAGCGCACAGUGUGUCGACUAGAACAAGCUAGGUGGACAAAAUUAUUUUUCAUCAUAUUUACAUUUGUAUCGAGCAAUAAUAUAAUUUGAUAAUAAAAUAAAUCAUUUUUAUUAGUUAAAAACUGAAUCAGAGAGGUCUACAGUCCGUCUAAUUUACUGACCGUUGCACGUCAUUAUUUACGUUAGAGAUCUAAGUUGACAUUGUUGCCCAAUUACAAAAAAUUCUUGAAUUCAUUUUAAAUCAAAUACAUCACACAAUUUUUGCGGAAGUGGAUUAUACAGCAAAACAAAUUAAUAUUCAAUGUAAAUAAAUAAAAACUUUAGAAAUAGAAAACAAGAAUUAAGUUAUAAUCUUACGUUAAAGUUGAUCUGAACCCCCCCAAAAAUAAACUACACAUUCAAAAAAUUUGAAAAAAAUUGAGAAGGUAUAUGUGAUAACUAGAAGUAUUUUGACAAAUUUUGAGCAAACUUCAUGUUUUCGUUUUCGAAAAAACUCAAAAAAACUCCUUUUUUUCAAGUAUAAAGCGGGAAAACUA